AUGAAAACUUACAUCGCCUUUUCCAGUGCCUACGAUGACAAUGCCCCCUAUGACUCCGGCCAAGGCCGGAUCGCCGGCGGUAUCAACGCUUCCAUAACCGAGCAUCCUUAUCUGGUGGCGCUGGAGUCCAACUCCCGGCUCGUUUGUGGAGGAUCGAUCAUCUCCCAAAAUUUAAUCUUGACCGCCGCCCACUGUUUGAUUAACAGAAACCCAAGUCAUGUCGCUGUCCGGUAUGGAUCUACCGAUCGGGAGAGGGGUGGAACCGUUGUUCCGGCAAAGCAGUUCUUCGUACACAGCGAUUUCGACACCCAAACAACUCAACACGACAUCGCAUUGAUCGAGCUUGAAGAACCAAUAAUCUUCAGCAGGUCGGCAAGGCCAGUUCAGAUCAUCAAACAGCACGUUGACCUUCUGGCCGGCACCAAGUGUAUCGUCAGUGGGUGGGGCAUGCUGAACACGUACGGUCCCAUGGCAGACCGGUUGCAGUCCGUACGGGUGCCGUUGUGGAACAUGGCAGCCUGCGGGAAGGCCUAUCCAGCCGUUUACCUCGGCGAGGGCAAACUUUGCGCCGGGUCGGCUGGAAAAGACUCCUGUCAAGCCGACUCCGGAGGACCGCUGGUUUGCCACGGUAAACUAGUUGGACUAGUGUCCUUCGGUCAGGAUUGCGGCGACCCAAGACACCCCGGAGUGUACACCAGCGUGCUACAUUACCUCGAUUGGGUCGAAAUGGCCAAGUCCCCGGAGCGAAGACAGCGGGAACGCUUCCGCUGGAUCGGUUCAGCAAACCACAACUACAACUCAGGGAAAAAUGACGCGUCAAAAAUCGAUCCCAAGUUGGUCCUAAGCCUUGUCAUGCUGUUUGCCUUCAAAUUACAACAACGCUUCGUUUAGACGGCCGUCGCAAAGCCUCUAAUUUCACCGCAAUAAUCAUCACCGUCGACCGUCAUUGGCUGGAAUUAAUUUUUACAACCCAACCCGAGGCAAUCAUCGUUCUUCCACUCGAUUGACUCUGAUGAUGCGCCAUUAUCGUGGUGUCGGAGAAACACCCCCGCGCGACCCCCCUUGAGGGUGAGUCAACUGCCCAACUAUGGCACCCCACACAGAAUUCCAAGAACUUUGUCUAAUUAGCGCCAAUUCACCCCGUUAUUAGUUUGGUUUUCGUUCGGGGGGACAAUUCCGUUUCGGAAUCGGACUGCCCUCGAACCUGCCUCAGUCAAUAGAGCCGCAAACGACCGAAGCACAAGUUGGUGGUGGUAUUAUCGUUUGGUUUUCAUUUCUGGGCUCGCAAUUAAGUUCUUGGACCUAUUGGAAUAACUUUGGAGAAGGGUUGACGAGACUGUAAGGAUGGGGUAAAAGAAACUGUGGAGUGUCUUUGAACGCAUCCUUAGGGGGGGAAGCAGGCACCCACUUGUUGUGCAGGCUGAACGUGACCCGGGCACCAGUGUCGUUGAGUCAACAGUGUUUUCUGUGCCUGUUUGUACUUUUGAAACGGCUACGUGCCCAGAGUAUAUGGCAGGGAUGGAAAAAGCUUUCGGAGAAUUCGAUGUCAGAGAAGUAGAAGUCGGGAGUGUUUGGAAAGCUGAAGUCAGAGUCGAUGUUCGAUGAGUCAUUGACAGAAAAUCUUCCUCACUGUAAAUUUUUUAACGAUUAAGAUACAGUGUAAAGAUGAAAAA